GCUGAAACCGACUACUAGAUGAUGUUGAUGAUGAUGUUUUUUAUUUUUUCAAAAUACCAGACAUUGCCUCAGAUUCAGAAGAGGAUGUGCCAUAAUUUACUCUCGACCUGCAGCGACAUGGAUGAUCACAAGCCCAGUUAUUAGCGACAAAAAUAAACUUUUCAUAAUUCUAAAUUUAAUUUUUAGGUAAAACACACGAGAAAUCUUCGUAGGUGACUAAGAUCGAGUAAAAGUAGAAAAAGUAUUUGAAUUCAGUACAAAAAAGCACAUCCAUGCUGCUUAACUUCUAGAGUAUAUAUUUGACCCGAUCGACGACCAGCAAACUAUUCGAAAGAAAAUGGCAUUUUCGAUGCGCGACACCAGCAUUGUCUUGGCGACAGAGAGCAGCAGCUCCAGCUGCAGCUUCUCACCAGAAGAUAGUUCGUCCUCGAAGAUGACCGGAACAAUUAGUAGGACGAGCAAGAGGACCGGACGGAGUGUGCCGCCGCGGAGGAGGAAUACAAACAAUUUCCGGGCAAUGUCCGGACAACAUAAGUCCCCCCGCACCUCCACGUCUUUAACGACAGGAGUAACGCGUGCCUUCACGAGAGCCGUUGUCGCAGCGACAGUAAGCACCUCUUACCUCGGUCUCGACUGCUUCGCCUCCUCGGCUUCUCUACCACCGGAACCAGCGACCACCAGUAUUCAGGGCGUGAUCAAAAUACCCCCGCAUUUCCGACUCACGAAGGACGUAUUUUUUACUUAUUUGCUGCUGCAGCUACAGGUGGUUGAGGUUGUACAGAGAUCUUGCUUCUUGAGAGAGAAUGAGCGUGAAAGCACAAGGCGCUACGAAGCCUGCGCCUUCUUGUGAAACUCUGUCCACAUCAUCACAGCAUGACAAGCAAUGACGCGGCAUCACAGCAUCACAAGCAAUGACGUUUAUCAUCAUGUCAAAAUUUCUGCAUGAAAAAGCAAAAAACCGCUCACCAGGCCCUGUCCAGCACCAAGCUGAUUCUCUCAAACAAUGUGGACACGCGGAUAGUGCACCCGACAGCCAAGGGUGAAUUCGAAAUCACGGACGUGUUGACCGGAGAGCCGAAUUACAGUCUUGACAUUGUCCACCCAAUUUUGUGGUUCGACCCCGUUUUGAUCGACGUGGGACACGUAUCGGACGCGGAGUCGGAUAGUAUGCCGAAAAUCACACCCUACCUGUCGGAUGCGCUGUAUGGGAAAGGGAAGAAAUUGAAGUAUUGAAAUGUUUUGUUUGAUGACUCGAAAAGCUCUGUUUUGUUUGAUGACUCGAAAAGCAACUUAAAAAUGAGUGGUGACAUUGCACAGCGCACCACCGAAGUAAGCAUGAAAGCUCGUGCCUGUUGUACGCAUUAUAGUUGGCAACUCUUAAUGAUACGUCCCGGCUUCAGGUACCCCCUCGAGCUCGCGCCCUCCAACGUGAAGAUGUAUUUUGAGGAACGGGAGGACUUCAAUAUCUUGUCGCUUUUCAAAUCGUAUCCUGUGCAAAAGUAUCGUACUCGUAGUAAUUGCAAUCAUGCAUUGCAAAUUUUUUGCUGAAGCUAAAUCCGCAUUCCAAAUUUCAUUUCAUCUCAUGCUGAGGAAAUUUGUAAUGCAAUUUAUACGAGUGCGAUACUUUUGCAAUGCAUAAAUCGCCCAUGGUGCUCAUGAUGGCUUUCAUGUUCGGGUUUGUCUACCUGAUGCCCAAACUCAUGCUAUUAAUUGCAAAAAUGUCUGGGUCUGAAAGAAUGCAAGUUUGUCAUGCCUGUCUGGCAUGACUCGAGAAUCUGUGUUGCGUAGGCACGAAAAGGCGCUCUUACCUGUCAUGCAGAAACGCAGUUUGCCAUGCGGAAUACGUAAGACAUGGCAGCCAAGAACUUUGUCAUGCAUAGCUGCGCAUUGCAGUGCGUCUAUCAUUCUUCACAUUUGGCAUUACAACUUUCGGUUUCCAGACCCAGACAUAUUUGCACUUGAUACAUGCCGCAAAUGGACGAGCAAGACGUGAAAGCCGUGCGGGAAGGUCAAGGCGGCAGCGGGGCUGGCGCCGCGAGGGAACGAAAACAAGUGCAGGGUGGCAAGUAGAAGGGAGCGAUGAAAAGUCAAAUUUUAUGUGCUAAAUGUAUGAAUAUGAUUUUGUCAUUGCUACCUCCCGGCACCACCAGCAAAGAAAUUGAAAUACCACUCGAGUCCUUGGCUGUUUUGAGCAGGAGCUGUUAAAACAUGAAUGAAAUAAGUAACCACCUCAC